AGAGGCUUUAUCUCCAGCAGCAGGUAAUCCAGACAAGAACAUGAUGUGGAUGAAACUCUUAGUGCUGAGUGCUCUGGCUCUGUCAGCCCACGCAGUGCCCAUAUUCACAGCAGACAAUGGAGAAGACAACAUGGACUUUGCAAAGAAAUAUCUCAAGCAUUUCUACAACCUCACAUCCACUCAAGGCCCUACAGCCCGAAGAAGGAAUGUUGAAUUGAUGGACAAAGUUAAAGAAAUGCAGAAGUUCUUUGGCCUCCAUAUGAGUGGAGUGAUGGACUCUGACACUCUCAAAGUGAUGAAGAAACCAAGAUGUGGAGUCCCUGAUGUAGAGCAGUACGCAACCUACCCAGGAGGUCAGAAGUGGACAACAAACAGCCUCACAUACAGGAUUGAGAACUACACACCGGAUAUGUCUAUUUCUGAUGUCAACAAAGCCAUAGAGAAAGCUUUUCAAGUGUGGAGCAAAGUGACCCCGCUGAAGUUCACAAGACUCACCAGCGGCACGGCUGAUAUAAUGAUCUCCUUUGCAGUUCGAGAUCACCAUGACUCAUAUCCCUUCGAUGGUCCUGAAGGCACUUUGGCUCACGCUUUUGCACCUGCACCCGACAUCGGAGGCGACACUCAUUUUGACGACGAUGAAACCUUUUCUGUUGGAUCAGCUGGAUAUAACCUGUUCCUUGUGGCUGCUCACGAAUUUGGCCAUGCUCUUGGACUAUCUCAUUCCCAGAAUCCCGGGGCCUUGAUGUAUCCCAUCUACAGCUACACGGACACCAGCAACUAUGCUCUCCCUCUGGAUGAUGUUCAAGGGAUUCAGUCUCUCUAUGGUCCAAACCCUGUUCCGAACCCAGACCCAAAUACACACCCAGCAACUCCCAAUGCCUGCGAUCCCAAUCUGGUCCUGGAUGCCAUCACCAGCUUACGUGGAGAAACAAUGUAUUUCAAAGACAGGUUCUUCUGGAGGCAGAUCCCUCAGAAUAGGCAGGUUGAGCAGUACACCAUCACUUCCUUCUGGCCAGAGUUGCCCAGCAAAAUUGAUGCUGCUUAUGAGAGCCAACACAUCGACAGGGUCUUUCUGUUUAAAGGAGCUGAAUAUUGGGCUCUGUUUGGGUAUAACAUUGACCAGGGCUUCCCUCAAAGCAUUCACAACCUGGGCUUCCCUAAGAAUGUGAACAAAAUUGAUGCAGCACUUCACAAUGAAAAUACUGGGAAAACCUUCUUCUUUGUUGGGAAUCAAUACUACAGUUAUGAUGACAGCACAAAGAAAAUGGACAGGGGGUUCCCCAGAUUGAUAGAAGAAGAUUUCACAGGAAUCAGGGGGAAAGUUGAUGCCGCUAUUCAAAUCAGAGGAUUCAUGUACCUCUACAAUGGACCAAGGGUGUUUGAAUAUAGUUGUAAUUCCAAGAGACUUUUCCGUGUUAUGAACAGUAACUACAACCUGUGUUAAAUACCAGAUUUCACUGCAAAACAAUGAGUUCAAUUUACUGAUAUAUAUAUAUGUUUUUCUCAUAAUAAGAGAUUUUACAGAAUUGCUUUGAUAUUUUAAUAAAACUUUUAAGUGUUAAUUUUUUAAUUUAAAUGUAUUUGUAAAUGAUAUUAAAUUAUUUUAAAUGCUGUUUACUGCAAUAUUUAUGGCAAUAUUCAGUUCUGAAAUAAAAUAAUUAAAAAUUUUAAA